ACUUUUGCUAAUACCGCGCUAAAAAUAAGUUUUCCGAAAGUGUAAGAACUUGGUAAAACAUUUAGGAAUACCCUCUUGCUUAAAAUUGAAAAGCACAAUUUGAAAUAUAAUCACUACUUAAACGUAGCCAAUUGGCAAAAGUUUUUGCCGUUGCUGCACACGCGUUUGCCGCAGUCCCUGCCGCGCCGCUUUGUUAUUUUGGCGCCCGAAUUUUCGCCGCUUGUUCCACGACGCUCACAAGUGAUUUGUGUGUAAUUUUAAUUUGCGACGGCAGCCAAAAUGGUGGACCGUAGUGACAAUGCAGCGGAAUCUUUUGACGAUGCCGUCGAGGAACGCGUCAUUAAUGAGGAGUAUAAGAUUUGGAAGAAAAAUACUCCAUUUCUUUAUGAUCUAGUAAUGACGCAUGCAUUGGAAUGGCCAUCGUUGACUGCACAGUGGCUGCCAGAUGUGACCAAGCAAGAUGGCAAAGAUUAUUCCGUGCACCGUCUUAUAUUGGGCACACAUACCUCCGACGAGCAGAAUCAUCUGCUAAUUGCCAGUGUACAGCUGCCUAGCGAAGAUGCGCAAUUUGAUGGUUCGCACUAUGACAAUGAAAAGGGAGAAUUUGGUGGUUUCGGCUCUGUGUGUGGCAAAAUUGAAAUUGAGAUCAAAAUUAAUCACGAGGGCGAAGUAAAUCGUGCUCGAUACAUGCCUCAGAAUGCAUGUGUUAUAGCAACCAAGACGCCGUCGAGCGAUGUUCUAGUUUUCGACUAUACUAAGCAUCCGAGCAAGCCGGAGCCCUCGGGUGAAUGCCAACCCGACUUGCGAUUACGUGGCCACCAAAAGGAGGGCUACGGUCUGUCUUGGAAUCCCAACUUGAAUGGUUAUUUGCUCUCUGCUUCUGACGAUCAUACCAUCUGCUUGUGGGAUAUUAAUGCCACUCCCAAGGAGCAUCGCGUAAUCGAUGCGAAGAAUAUUUUUACUGGACACACUGCCGUUGUUGAGGAUGUUGCCUGGCAUUUGCUACAUGAAUCUCUCUUCGGUUCGGUGGCCGAUGAUCAGAAACUUAUGAUUUGGGAUACGCGCAACAACAACACUUCUAAGCCAUCGCAUACUGUCGAUGCACACACGGCUGAAGUCAAUUGCUUGAGUUUCAAUCCGUACUCUGAGUUUAUUCUCGCAACUGGGUCAGCCGACAAGACAGUCGCUUUGUGGGAUUUGCGCAAUCUAAAGCUUAAACUGCAUUCCUUUGAGUCCCACAAGGAUGAGAUUUUCCAAGUGCAAUGGUCGCCCCAUAACGAAACUAUUUUGGCCUCUUCGGGUACCGAUCGUCGUUUGCAUGUAUGGGACUUGUCCAAAAUUGGCGAGGAACAGAGUUCUGAGGAUGCGGAAGAUGGCCCCCCGGAGUUGCUUUUUAUACACGGCGGGCACACCGCUAAGAUCAGUGAUUUCUCGUGGAACCCUAAUGAACCUUGGAUCAUUUGUUCUGUGUCAGAAGACAACAUUAUGCAAGUGUGGCAGAUGGCAGAGAAUGUUUACAAUGAUGAGGAGCCUGAAAUACCCGCAUCCGAUUUGGAAACCAAUGCCGCCUAAAAUGUCAGUUCAAACGUUAAAGUAACUCCUCAAUAGAUAAAAGUGCUAACCGUGUAAUUGUUUUGGAAAAUGUAGAAGACGGGAAAUUGGGCUAGCGCCUUCAUUCUAAUUUAUAUAAUUUAAACAUAAUUAAGUUCAUAUCUGUCAGCUACAUAAUAUAUUCCAUGAAUCUUUUAAUUAAAAUCCUCGGGAAAUGCCGAAACGGAAACUA